AUGAACCAUAUACCUAUUUAUUAACGUGCCUAACAUUUAAUAAAAGAGAAACAAUAGAAAAUUGCUGAAUAUAAAAGAUAGAAAGAAUUGAAUGAAGAAUAAGAAUGUAGUAAAUAUUCAUUUCGGCCAAAUAUUCAUAAGGAUAGAGAAUAUCGAACAGUAAAUUAAUUUUUAGAAGAAGUUGAUUAUUGGAUAGAAAGAAAAAAUGAAUAACUUCAAAUCAUGUAAAAAGAAAAAGAGUAGGAAGAAUUGAAAGGUUUGACAUUUAAACCAAAGAUUAAUAAGAAAUCACAACGAUUAAUUUAAGAUUAGAAUUCAUCAUUACUUUAAAGAUGCCAAAAGACUUAAAUAAAUAAACAAAUAAAUGGUUAACAUCAUUUGAUUGAAGAAUUGAAAAAGACUCCUUUUUGUCCAUAAAUUAAUGCAAAUUCAAUAAAAUUAGCUUGUCAAAGUAAAACACCAGAAAGAUCAGUUUCUCCAAAUUUAAAAUAGCAAUACACUCAAAGAAUAAUAGGAAAAUCAACAUCAAGAACACCAAACAGAAUUGAAUAAAGGGUUAAAACAUAAAUAGUCACACCUCUUAGAUAGAAUUAAAAGGUAUCAUAUUAUAAAUAAACAUAAUCUAUGGCAAGUACAACUUUUAAUUCUAACAAUAAUAGUAAGUAAAAAGUAUUACCAUUAUAAAAUGUUACAAAUCAUAUGAAAUUUAUAGAAGAUUUAGUUAAUAGGAAUCCUCCUAAAGCUUUAGUUUGA